GCGGAUGGCGUCACUACAGGGCGGGGUUGCGCCAUUUUGAAUGUUGAGAGAGGUGUAGGAAGCUGGAGCUGUGAGGAGGGAGUGCUGCAGGAAGAAAGCCUCAGGAUCUUCAGAUUUACGAGUGAACGAAAGGACUACCGAAAAGAGCUUCUUUCCUAGGUCCGUCUUCAUCCAACCCCAGACGAACUGUUUGCAAUAAAAUAAAUCCGGCAAAGUUAUCUGCACAGCUCUGAUAACAAAAACUAGCAACGGCAGUCGAAGAGUAUUACGUCCAAGCGCUUUUAUUUUUGGAAAACUGCAUUUCUGGCGACUCUCUUGGAAAUCUUGCUCUGCUCGCUGCCUUCACACUGCUGAUCAAGACUAGGGUCCGACAUCGCCACUCUCGCCAUGGCAGGAGCCGGAGGCGGGGGAAACGAUGUACAGUGGUGCUUUUCACAAGUGAAAGGGGCAAUCGAUGAUGACGUAGCCGAAGCCGACAUCAUCUCUACUGUGGAGUUCAACCACUCAGGGGAGCUGCUAGCCACAGGGGAUAAAGGCGGUCGAGUUGUCAUCUUCCAGCAAGAGACUGAGAACAAGAGUCAGCCACAGUGCCGUAGUGAAUACAAUGUUUACAGCACAUUUCAGAGCCACGAGCCUGAAUUCGACUACCUGAAGAGCUUGGAAAUCGAGGAAAAGAUUAACAAGAUCCGCUGGCUACCACAAAAGAACGCUGCACAAUUUUUGUUGUCCACAAAUGAUAAAACUAUAAAGUUGUGGAAGAUCAGUGAACGUGACAAGAGACCAGAGGGAUACAAUCUUAAAGAGGAGGAUGGGCGCUACAGAGAUGCUGCUACCAUCACAACUCUGCGGGUGCCAGUAUUCAGGCCUAUGGAUCUCAUGGUGGAGGCUAGUCCGCGGCGGGUCUUUGCCAACGGCCACACCUACCACAUCAACUCCAUCUCAGUCAACAGCGACAACGAGACCUAUCUGUCUGCAGACGACCUGCGCAUCAACAUGUGGCACUUAGAGAUCACAGACCGCAGCUUUAACAUUGUGGACAUAAAACCAGCCAACAUGGAGGAGCUGACGGAGGUGAUUACAGCUGCAGAGUUCCACCCUCACCAAUGUAACACGUUUGUCUACAGCAGCAGCAAAGGCACUAUCCGCCUGUGUGACAUGCGUGCAUCAGCACUUUGUGACAAGCACUCUAAAUUGUUCGAGGAGCCUGAGGACCCCAGCAACCGCUCUUUCUUUUCUGAAAUAAUUUCCUCCAUCUCAGACGUGAAGUUCAGUCACAAUGGCCGCUACAUGAUGACCCGAGACUACCUGUCCGUCAAAAUCUGGGACCUCAAUAUGGAGAAUCGACCCGUUGAGACAUACCAGGUUCACGAGUACCUCAGGAGUAAGUUGUGCUCUCUCUAUGAGAACGACUGCAUCUUUGACAAAUUCGAAUGCUGCUGGAACGGAAAUGACAGUGUGGUGAUGACUGGAUCCUACAACAACUUCUUCCGAAUGUUGGACCGCAGCCAGCAGCGGGACGUCACCCUGGAGGCUUCGCGCGAGAGCUGCAAGCCCCGGCAGGUGCUGAAGCCUCGCAGGGUUUGCGCAGGCGGCAAGCGAAAGAAGGAUGAGAUCAGCGUGGACAGCCUGGACUUCAACAAGAAGAUCCUACACACCGCCUGGCACCCGCAGGAAAAUAUCAUCGCCGUGGCAACCACCAACAACCUCUACAUCUUCCAGGAAAAAGUGAACUAAUACUGUCGUCAUGGGGAAAGGAAACCUCUGAACCUCUCUCUCUCUCUCUACGUGAAAAUGAAAAAAAAAAAGAACUAGCAAAAAUCAUUUCUGUGACAGCCACCAUCAUCACAU